ACGUUGGUUUCUCUGCCACGAGUGAAUAAGGGGCGAAGAGAGGUAUCUUCUUUGUUCCUGGAGCCUGCCCUGGAAUUGACCUCGUGCUCCUCAGAAGACCGAGGGGUGCUGAGCGCACCAGUGCAGUGGGAGCAGAGCCGGCCCCUGGUGAGGCAGCGGCUAUCUUGGUUCCCCAGUCAUGUCCUGGCAGCUGUCUGCAGUGGUGGUGCUUUUCGUGUCCCUGGCUGGGAUUUUGCAUUAUGGCAGUCAAAUAAGAGCAAAAAUGUUUCCAGAAACCUCCGACUAUCAAUCUACAGUAGCAGCAACAGCAGAGGCCACAGCAAAGCCUUUCCUGCAACUAACUCACCAAGUCCCUGGCCAAACUUCAGCAGCCAGAUCAAUGGAUGGUCACGUCCCCUCUCAAAGAGCUGCCCCAACCUCCAGCUCUGAGCCCCCAACCACACAUACAACAGUAAAAACUCUGGUAACAACUUCCUUGAUAACUACAAACAGCACCCCAACUACCAGCCCAACAACCCACACCCUAGUCACAACCUUGGCCACACCCAAUAACUCACACACACCUGCUCCAGUCACUGAGGUUACAAUUGGCCCCAGCGCAGCCCCAGGUUCACCGCCAACCACCAUCCCUCCAGCGGCGCAUAUGACAGGAACCAGCCCACCAACUAUCAGCCACACAACUAGGAAAACCACCCAAACCAGUCACCAGACUGCCCUUCCAGCAACUUUGUUCACCCCACCACAAAACAGCACAACCAGUUACAAGUCUGCUCAACCCAGUCAUGCCCCAGGCCCAACCACAGCUGCACACAAUACCACCCAAACGACCUCACCUGGUACCACGGCUUCCGGACCCACUCUUGCACCUCGGGCUUCGUCAGCCAAGACUGGAAUUUAUCAAGUUCUAAAUGGAAGCAGGCUCUGUAUCAAAGCAGAGAUGGGGAUAGAGCUAACGGUUCAAGACACAGAGUCGGUGUUUUCACCUCAGAGAUACUUCAACAUCGACCCUAACGCAACCCAAGCUUCUGGGAACUGUGGCUACCGAAAAUCCAACCUUCUCUUGAAUUUCCAGGGCGGUUUUGUGAAUUUCACAUUUACGAAGGAUGAAAAUUCGUAUUAUAUCAAUGAAGUGAGAGCCUAUUUGACAGUCUCAAAUCCAGAGAAAAUUUACCAAGGAAUGAAAAGUUCUGUGGUGAUGUUUGAGACUGUGGUUGGGCAUUCCUUCAAAUGUGUGAGUGAACAGAGCAUCCAGCUGUCAACCCACCUUCAACUGAAAACAAUGAAUGUCCAAUAUCAAGCCUUUGAUUUCGAAGAUGACCACUUUGGAAAUGAGCAUCCUGAAUUCACCCCUCUCUCUACAACCCACCCAGAGAUAAUAGAAACCUUCACGAACGCCCACCUGGAGAUAACCUAUCCAUUGUUAAUUUUGAUGUAUUUCCCUGGCAUGAAUAUUGUUUUACAAAACUGGAGCAUACAGAGUACACAAUUUGGAAUCCUUUGUUACCUGCGCAUCAUAAGCAUUUCUCCAUGCUAUUAAAGGUGCAAAGUGUCAUUAUUACCGCUGCUAUGAAUACGCUAUCAACAUUAUAUAAUAAUUUACUUAAUUAUUGUGUGGUUGAGAGUUUUUAUUGUUUUUAGGUUUUCACAAAUAUGUUGUGAUUAAAGAAUUACAUAUGAAUUACAAAACAGACAAGACAUUGAUUAACAAAUGUGUAUAAAUGUGUGCCUGAAUUUUGGUUUUGCCUCAUAAACUGUUAAAAUGGUUAUAAUUUAUUCUGCAGUACUGAUUCUUAAUUUUUAACUGAUCUCAGACAUGGUGGGAAGAAAGGCCCUAAUUUACCCAAAUGCUAUUAAAGGAAACAGAAUGUCAUGGAUGAGAUGCUCAAGAACGAGCAAGAUGAGGGUUGCGCCUGGCUGGUUCAGUCCGUGGAGCGUGCAACUCUUGAUCUUGGGUUUGUAAGUUCGAGGCCUACAUUGGGUGUAGAGAUUACUUAAAAAUAAAAAGUCUUAAAAAAAGAAGAAUAGGCAAGAUGAAAAUAAGCUCUAUGACCACUAUGCAAAAUUACUGCAGCAAAAUAACAUAAGAAUAAUAUUAGAGCAAAAUAUGGCUCUAGAGUUUUAGUUUUGCAAGAUGAAAAAUGUUCUGGAAAUGGAUAGUGGUGAUGGUUGCACAAAAAUGUGAAUGUACUUAAUGUCACUGAAGUAUACACUUAAAAAUAGUUAAAAUGGUAAAUUUUAUGUUAUGUUACCUUUUACCUCAAUUAAAGGAGGGAGAGUUAGAAAGGAAUAUAGUUGACAAAAUACAAAGAAAACAUAACUUAAGGAACAGAGAGAAAUCCCUGCCAACUGGUCUUUGCUGAGAAUCAAUAAGAGUGUGAAUUCCAUAUAACCAGAGUUCAUGGAUGAAAUGUUAUAAUGAAAGAGUGAGGUGAAUGGGAGUGAACUGAUGGACACUUCAUUUGUUUUCAGUGUUUUGCUAUUACAAAUGAUGCUGUUGUGAGUAACCAUGCACAUAAAUCAUUUCAUAUACAAGAAGGUGUAACUGUAUGAUAGAUUUAUAGACCCAUAGUUGUUUAAUGCUGUAAUGAAAGAGUGAGGUGAAUGGGAGUGAACUCCUGCAAGUGAACAAAUUGAGUAUCAAAGCAACACCCAAUAAUAUAUAGAAAUAGUAAGAGGCAGAAUUGAUAGAGCUGAAAGGUGAAUUAUCUUCAUGGAGAGAAUAACUGAAAUAAGCAGUUAAUGCAGAUAAAAAUUAAGAUUAUGACAUUAUAGGGCAGCUGUUAGGUAUGGAAGAUAUUCAGAUCAGCUAACGUAAGGAUAAUUGGCGCCUCUGACGUAGAGAGUUCAAAAACAGAAGGAAGAUAAAUUUGAUGGUUUCAGAGAUUUUCCUUAAGAUGAAUAACUGAAGUUGCACAUUGAAAGAGCAUAGUGUGUACCAGGAAAAAAACUGACACAGAAAGUUUAGCAUUAAGACACAGCCAAACUGAGCUAUAGAACUUUAAAGAUAAAGAACUCUUUGGACAUAUGAAUUCUCCCUCCCCUCUCAAAAGAGCAAAUCACCUAUAAAGGGGAAAGUUAAAGUUGGUCUCAGAUUUCUUUACAAUAACAUCUAAAGCCAGCAAAUAAUAGACCAAUAUCUAUAAAGUCCUAAGGGAUAGAAAAUGUGACCCCAAAAUAUUAUUUAUUAAGGUAAUAGGCAGAUAACCUCAAACAUGAAAUAAUUCAAAGGAUACAACACCCCCCAAUGAGCUCUUCUUCAAGAUAGUGCUUGACCAUGAAAUUGGGUAAGAUCAGAGAGAAGCCACAUUAUAAACAAGGAUAUAAACAAAUCUUUCUCAGGAAUAGAGAAGCCACACUUAAAAAAGGCAUUUUAUCUAUUUAAAUAGUUAAAUAUAAAAAGCAUUAAACAACUAUGGGUCUAUAAAUCUAUCAUACAGUUACACCUUCUUGUAUAUGAAAUGAUAUAUGUGCAUGGUUACUCACAACAGUAUCGUUUGUAAUAGCAAAAGACUGAAAACAAAUGAAGUGUCCAUCAGUCUGGGACAGAUACAUCCCACAACAGGAUACAGUUAUAAGUAAGAUUGAAAACAUACAUAUUUAUGUAUGUAUAGGAAAGUUACCCAAAAUAUAUUACUGGGGCACCUGGGUGGCUCAGUCUGUUAAGCAUCAGACUCUUGGUUUCAGCUCAGGUCAUGAUCUAAGUGUGGUGAUUGAGCCUGGCCUCUGACUCCACCCUCAGCUCAGAGUCUGUUCAAGAUUCUCUCUCCCUCUCCCUCUCCCUCCCCCUCUACCCCUCCCUCCACUUGCACUCUCUCUAAAAUUAAUAAUAUCUUCAAAAUGUAUUGUUAAAUGAAAAAAAAGCAUAAUGUACAAUAAUAGUGAGAAAAGGAGGGAAAAAUAUAUUUUCAUUUUGCUUAUAUCUGAAACAUUGGAAAUACAUAUAAAAAGCCAAAUGGUUAUGACAGGGGCGACUGAGAUGGGACAAGGGUGAAAGUAGAACUUCCCAAUGUACAGCACUUUGUAGUAUUUUGACUUUGAAUUGUGAAUGUGUUAUAUGUUUGAAACAAUAUUUUUUAAUCAUAGGAAUGACAGUUAUCAAAUAGAAUUGAAAUAAUGUAAACCCAAACAAUGAUUAAAAAAAUAACUUAUCUAUUCAAAAUUUGAGUUGGGAAGAAGAGAGAUAGAAGGGAAACUACUCGUGCUCAUCUUUCAAAACACUGUCAAUAGAUAAUGUCUAAAUUGGAAACACAAGAUAGAAAACACAGAAUGUCUGUCAUUUACUUCAUAACCCUCUUAAUGCAUUUCAUAAUCCUUUAGUGUGUAUUUAUAAUCUCUUUUUUGGACCUUAAAGGGAUCUUUUAUGAAACAAUACUUCUUGUGACAAAGAUACAUUUAUUUGAAGUUUGGUAGCUGUCCCAGUUUUGUUUUAGCUUUUUUUCUUCUAUGAAAUCAAGUUAAAUGAAAAUCAGCAAUUUUGGUAAAAUAGCACUUGCAUGAUCCUGUAUUAAUACAAGUACUUGUAUUUAUUUUUCUACCCAUCUGUCCUUGUAGUUGUAAAGAAAGAUGCCUGAAGUUAUAUUGGUUCAUGUUUUAGCAAGGAUAAUUUCUGGGUGGGUGGUUUUCAGGUGAUUGGUUUUGUAAGGAGCCCAGGGGAGGGUGGCCCAAAAGGUACCACAAUGGCAUAUUGAUUAUUUUGAAUUGAAGCUUCUUGGGAAACAAGGACAUUCAUAGAUCCUCCUCUGUCACCUGAAAGCAGGAAAUAAAUCUCCCAUAUGAAAGCUACCCUCCCUGUACUAAGAAGUAAAAAGACAUCCUUAUCACCUGAGAAAGGAUCUUUAAAACCAAGAAAGCUAUAGAAACAAACCCUGUUACUUUUUACUGAUCUGCCAUAUCAACACAAAUUCCACUUAGAAUUCUUAUUAAUUGAAACUCCCAACAUCUGUUUUCUUUAUCCUGUCAAUUCCUCACAAAUGUGUUAUCUCUUUUGUCUAAAAUGUAUCAAAACUGCCUGCCUUGGUCAUUUCUUUGGGUGUCAAUUUCAUUAUUGGCCCUCUGUGCACACAUAAUAAAACUUAGGUUUUUUCUCCUAUUAAUCAGUAAUUCUUAAACCAGUUGGAGGAAUCUUGGAGGAAAGAAGAAAUUUCUUCCUCUCCUACAGUUUUUACUUUUUUGUGAGCUUUCGUAAAUCAUCUUAAUUAUCUAUAAUGAGAAAAUACCAUUUUAAAAAAAAAGGAAUAAUGUUUCUUUACGCAUACACCUGAGCACGCAUAUGUACAGAGGAAGCAAAUGCCUUCAAGGUUUGCAGUGAUUCAUUCAAGUGGAAGGACUGCGGUGAUUAGAUAAUUAUUUUCUUUGUGUACUUUUUUCUACAUUUUAAAAACAUUUAAGCAAUGUGACAUUAAAUAGUAUAAAACUUUACGGAGAGUAAAAGUUGCUCUCUAUGCCCACCCCACCCCUUGCCCAGCAUCUUGCCUCUUUUCCCUUCAGGCACACACGCACAUUUGUUUGGGUUCAUGCAAACCUCCGCAGAUCUUAGCGAACCUCUGCGUCAGCACACUGAGAUCUACCACCUUCUUUGAAGUGUCUACUUUAUAUUCUACUGUAUGGAUAUGCCAUUUAAAAUCCUGGAUGGAUAUCAAGGUUGUCCACUUCAUUCUCAUAAAAUGAGAUUAUUGUAACAUUUCUUUGUGUAAUUACAUGAAUAUGUCGUUAGUGUAAGUUCCUGGUGGAAUUACUUUAGGGUAUGUGUUUUACAUUUUGUUUUAAUAUUUUUGUAUUUUUUUCAAAUCAUUUUAAUCAAAUUAACUUCUUAAUUUGUCAAUAUUCUUUUUUAUCCAAGAAAUACACAUUUAUUAAUAUGUAUCUGUAACAGGGGUGCCUGGGUGCCUCAGUCAGUUAAGGGUCCAACUCUUGAUUUCAGCUCAGGUCAUGA